AUGCAUCCGACCCUUGAGUAUCUCAAAAGCCCGGAGCUGGUUGUAAAAGUACAGGAAUAUUUCGGCAUCGAGUACCAGAAAAGUGAUCCCUUAUCCAAAACCACCAAGAUAACCGGCACACAGAACGGUACGGCCAAUGGUAAAGGUGUGCCGAGCAAUGGGUACAGCACCGUGAAUCAUGCGGAUGGGAAGAAGAUCGAUGAUAAUGAUAAUGCUUAUCGGGUGACGAAUUACUUCUGGUACGUGCUGUUCAUCGUUGGCACCGAGCUGGGCGAUGAGAUAUUCUACGCCACGUUUAUCCCGUUCUGGUUCUGGAACAUUGACAGCGCCGUUGGUCGCAGGGUCGUUAUGGUAUGGUCAGCGAUUAUGUACGUAGGACAAAGCCUUAAGGAUAUUAUUCGAUGGCCCCGACCAUCCUAUCCAGCUGCCCGGUUGCAGAAAAAAUGGGGACUCGAGUACGGAAUGCCGUCCACGCACGCGAUGGUCUCGGUCGCGAUACCUUUUUCCGUGCUGAUUUAUACGUACGAUCGGUAUAUCUACUCUAUGCCAGUUGGAUUGGCAAUAGCGUGCGUGUGGUGUGCCGUCAUAUGCGUCAGCCGUGUUUAUCUGGGAAUGCACAGUGUGCUGGACAUUAUUGCGGGACUGGUACUAGUCGUUUUGUUAAUGAUCCCACUGAUCCCUAUCGUAGAUCGAUUGGAUCUUAUUAUCGUCACCUCGCGCUGGUCGCCAAUAUUCGUAUUUACCAUAUCAAUUCUACUGAUUGUGUAUUACCCCGACUCUGGCAAAUGGACACCAACGCGAGGCGAUACCGCCCUCACGGUUAGUGUUUGCGCUGGGAUAGAAAUUGGCGCCUGGCUCCACUUCCAUUUGGAUGAAUUUCAACAACCCGCACAACCACCACCGUACGAAAUCAUUUGGCCUUCCUAUAGCAUGUUCGGUUUGCUACUGCUGCGGACCGUUCUGGGUCUUUGCUGCAUCGUAGCAUCGCGCGCAUUCGCAAAGUCUAUCUCGUAUGCGUUCGUUUGCUUCAUACUCGGGCGGGACAAAAACGAACUGCGCCGGUCGGAAAAUACGCUCGAAAACAAGAACAAAAUCAUUGUCGAGCUGUCGUACAAACUGUUCACGUACGGUGUGAUUGGGUUCAACACACAGUACUUGCUGCCGAGCGUGUUCAAACUGCUCAACAUUGGUCGACCGGAUUUCUACACGGAAAUCUAA